AUGGAUGCGGCACUAGGGACGCCCAAUAGCGCCGGUUUUGUGUACCGGGCGCACCCGCAGCCGUACACACUGCUGCCACUGCCAGGGGGUCGCCGCAGGCGCCCCAAGCGGCGCGGAGCGCCGCCGCAGGCGGCGGACAGCAGGCGCCUCAAGCGGUGCGGAGCGCCGCCACAGGCGGCGGACAGCAGAAUCACUCGCGAGCUCGGUGUUGAAGUCGAUGCAUCUGAUAGCGACCUCAAGAGCGCAUACCACCAGCUUGCGCGUCAAUUUCAUCCCGACAAGAACCAAGGCAACGCCGAGGCGGAGCGCAAGUUUGCCGACGUGACCUCCGCAUACCAGGCGCUCUCGGCGAUGCCUGCAGACAAGAGAGCCGCAGCGAAGCGGGCAGCGAAGCGGGAGCGGUCGAAGAAGCACGGGCGGGACCACGGGCGGGAUCACGGGCGGGACCACGGGCGGGACCACGGGGCGGCACCGUCACGGGAAGCCGCGCCCGCGGAAGCCGACGUGGGCCAGGGACAGGGGCAGCCGCCGACGCAACCACUCUCGGGUGGGGUGCAGGGACAGGCGGGGCAUCCGAACAAGAAAGGCGCCAGCUCGCAGCCCAAAGCGCGCGGCGCUCAGUUCAACUUCCAGGAUAGACUCGCUGAGGAGCAGCGGCAGAAACGGCAGGCCGCCGCACCCGAGGCCGAAAGCAUGGAGCGUAGCGACGCGGGCGCCGACGGAGCCGAUGCAAGGGACAAGCAGCGCCUGACGGGCUUGGAGGGCUUCGAGUGUUGCGUUGGCAUCGUCACCGCACUCCUGGCAUGCCAGACGCUCUGCCACGGGGUGGUACGCUGCAUUUUCAACCCGCCGUGCCUGAAUGAUGGUGGAAUUAGUGAGGAGGGCGUUCAGAAGUGGGGCAGGAAGGACUUCGAAAAGCAGUAUGAUGCUCACCAACGCGUGUGA